UAUUCAAAUGCGACCCACGGUCCGUUUUCAUGAUUCUUGCUUAUUUCCUCUUUUAACAGAGACAAAAAUGCCCAAGUGAAAAUGGGAGACUGGAACUUCCUUGGCGGGAUAUUGGAAGAGGUGCAUAUCCACUCCACCAUGGUGGGGAAGAUCUGGCUGACCAUCCUCUUCAUCUUCCGCAUGCUGGUGCUUGGGGUGGCGGCAGAGGAUGUGUGGAAUGAUGAACAGGCUGACUUUAUCUGCAACACCGAGCAGCCUGGUUGCCGCAACGUGUGCUACGACAAAGCAUUCCCCAUUUCCCUUAUCCGCUAUUGGGUGCUGCAGGUCAUUUUUGUGUCUUCACCUUCGCUGGUCUACAUGGGCCAUGCCCUCUACCGCCUCCGUGCCCUCGAGAAAGAGCGACAGCGCAAAAAGUUAACACUGAGACGUGAACUUGAGGCUGUGGACGUGGAGAUGGCAGAGGUACGACGCAAAAUAGAGCGUGAGCUUCGGCAGAUCGACCAGGGGAAGCUGAACAAAGCUCCGUUGAGAGGAUCCCUUCUGCGCACCUACGUGGCUCACAUAGUCACCCGCUCUGCCGUAGAGGUGGGCUUCAUGACCGGACAAUAUAUUCUGUAUGGGUUUCAACUAAAUCCGCUGUACAAAUGUGAGCGGGAGCCCUGCCCGAACGCAGUGGAUUGCUUUGUAUCUCGACCCACUGAGAAAAGUGUCUUCAUGGUGUUCAUGCAAUGCAUAGCUGCCAUCUCAUUGUUUCUCAACAUCCUGGAGAUCAUGCACCUGGCCUACAAGAAGCUUAAAAAAGUCAUUUUGAACUACUACCCACACCUGAAGGACGAUCUCGAUGACAGCUACUAUCCCAACAAGCUGAAGAAAGAUUCUGUGGUCCAUCAGACGUGCAUCGGUACCUCGACUGGCCGCAAGGCCACCAUUGCUUCUGCACCCAGCGGAUACAACCUUCUUCUUGAGAGACCACCUGAUGAAACCGGCUACCCUCCUUUGAUUAACCCAUCCUCUGCUUUCUUACCCGUUCAGGGUGAUUUGCCAGCUAAAAACGGUUCUGAUGCACCAAAGUAUUCGCAGCACAGUCCCACAGAGCACAACAGCAAUUCCAACAACACCAGCAGUGACACGCGCUCACCACCUUGCAACUCCGUCACGCCACCAAAGCAAGAUGAGGGGGAAGAUUCUGUCCAGCCUCCACCUACGCACAAGAAAGGGCAGGAGUCCAAGACUUCAGACUCAUCAAGCCACCCCAGAGAAUCUUCUCACUCAUCAUCCAGCGUGGGAAAGAAGCCAUGGAAGGUCAGCGCACCCUGGAACUGCUCAACGGUUGUAGAAGGUAAUGGCUCCGACUCUGAUUCACUGGAAGGCGCUAAAGCCCGCUGUCCCUACUCCACUGUGCGGGCACGUACUUUGUCCAGGUCUGAAUCCAAGCGGAGCAGGCCCACCUCUCCUGAUUCAAUAGAAGAAUCCAGCUCUGAGUCACGGCAUAGUCCACAAGUAUCACCAAGCCAUCGCGCCUCAUUGGCCAGCAGUUCCAGUAGCAGACGAGCUGCUCCCACAGAUUUACAGAUAUGAGAAAAACUCAUAGAGGGUAGCCAUUUUUGCAGUUAUAAAUUGAUGGACUGUAAAAUUAACAUCUAAAACUUUGAUGUUAGCAUGGAAGCAAUCUUAGACUAAAGUUUUAUAUUUAACUUUAUAAAGUGGUGGCCCUCUUUAAUGGAUUGUUUAAAUUCUACUUUUAUAUACAUAUCAAUUCAGCAGUACACACAGUAUACUUAAUUAACAAUAGUAGUAUGACUACAAUACAGAACAAUGGAUUGCAUGUUUAAUUAUGUAUGCCUUCUGGAAAUUUCUCUUUUUGAGUGCUUCCUGCAUCAGAAGUAAAAAUGGUGUAAUGGUAAAAAAAAAAAAAAAAAUCACAAUUUUAAAACACGUGGUUUCACAGACAAGGCUUAAGCUAGUCCUUAGGCUUAAGGCUUAAGCUGUUUUAACUGAAAGCAACUUGCACCGACAUAUCUUGUCAGUGCCAUUGUUUUGUCUCAAGAUGCACACCAGUAAUGUUUUUUUUGCUAUCAGUAUGUUUAUAAAUGCUACUUAAAUAUCCUAAUUGAACUAUGAGGCUUAAUCCUGGCUUAAUCUAAGCCCUGUCUGUGAAACUAGGCCAUAGUGCUUAAUUAGAACAGUUGUUAAAAUCUUCAAAAAUAUGAUAUUGUAAAAAAAACCUGUUAUAUCUGCAUGUCAUAAUACAGCUAAAUAAAGUGGUCUGAUUUACAAUGCAAUUAAGCCAAUGUUGAAUCUUUCUUUGUAAAGGUUGUCUUUUCCAAACAUAUGGACAAAGAGCAUUUUAAAUGAAAAUUAGACCAAGCUUUACUCACCUUCAAGCCAUCCUAGGUGUA